ACUGCUGCUGUCUGAGGGGGCGGGGAUAGCGGCCCAUUCAAAGCGCCGCGCCAAAGCAGAUCGUCUUGGGGUUUGGGUUUGUUGAUAAGUUUGACUUUCCUCACAAGCUGCAAAAUAACUGCUUCGGAAUGGCGACCCAAUCUUAUACGCCAGUGCCGCCCGGCGUGGGGAUGGAAGAUAAUUUUCUUUCGCUCGACGACAUUCUCCUUUCUCAAGAGAAGCUGCCGUGCCGGACUGAAACCGCCUUCCCCCGGCUGGGCUUCCUGGAGAAGUCCGGCGACACCGGGGACAUCCAGGAGGGGACGAAGAUGGAGAUGCCCCUGUGGCUGGCCAAGGGCCUGUACGACUCCAAGCGCCGGGUGGUGGCGGUGGACCUGCCCAAGGUGUACCGUGAGGGCUGGAGGACCGUGUUCGGCGCAGACCCCAACGUGGUGGACCUGCACAAGAUGGGGCCCUACUACUAUGGCCUGGGCUCCCAGCUGCUGCACUUCGACAGCCCGGAGAACCCCGACAUUGCUCAGACAGUGUUGCAGACGUUCGUCAGGCGCUUCCGGCGGAUCAUGGACUCCUCCCAGAACGCCUACAACGAGGACACGUCCGCGCUGGUGGAGAAGCUGGACUGCAUGGAGAGGAGCUUGUUCCGCUCCGGUCAGGCCGGCCUCCACGACUUCCAGCGGUGGGAGAAGGGUCAGUCCUCCCAGAUGACCGCUUCCAGCCUGGUGCAGAACUACCGCAAGCGCAAGUUCGCCGAGCUGGAGGCCUGAGGUCCGGGCAGGGCCCGGUGUGGGGCCCUCACGCCAGCCCCGCGGCCCUCAUCUGCACCAAGAGGAACUAUGAACACGUGAAGCAACGCCGCAACCCCUGGGAAAAUCGGGGCUGGUGGUGGCAGUCCACAAUUUCGAUUUGGACUUGGUACCAUGAUACUCAGCGGUGCCAAAGGAGGUUCACUGAUCUCAGAUCACCUGUCUUAAUAAUGACUUGUUUCAAUCUGCCAUUACAGAUUCCUACCAGUGGUGGAAGGGACUGAGCCUUUGAUUAGUCAUUUAUAAGGUAACAUUCAAACCUUUCUGAUUUGUUAGGGUAGCAAUUCCAAGUUGGUUGAAGAAGAGCCAUGUCUGUAAGGCCUGGGACAUGCUGUAACACCUUGCAGGAAGCUGUGAUUCGCACAGAAGACACUUUAAGACGGCGAGCUUACACUAUGACAGUUUGAACUAGGUCAGAUUUAAUUUGCAGAACAGCAGCUGGGGACCCUCUGUUAUGUUUAAUUAAGUGGGAAGCUCAAAUCUUUUGACCGUGAGGACUGAUGGGCAGCCCUGAGGAAUGACCAGACUCUUGUGAGGUUAUAAAUGUGCAUUAUGAACAUAUCUUUCCAUCUGUAUUGUUCGGCAGAUAAUUAUGGAGAAGAGAAGCCCUCACUGAUAAUUCUUUCAGGUUUGGUUUGUGAAAUAGUAAUCUAAACCCUCAGCUAUUAAUUACAUAUUGCUGUGAAAUAAUUUUCCUAUGUAGAGAUAAAAGUGAUAUGUGUCCGUGACUUGAGUCCGUUUUAAACAUCUCAGAUUAAAUUAGUCUCAAUAUUAAGAUGUUCUGGCGCUCGCACAAUGUGUAGACAAGCGAAGGGGCAUUGUUCUUUUCCUGCUAGGGCUGAAAGAGCAAAUAUUAACUCUCAAACUGCAAACCCCUCUAUCUGCAUUUUGUCAAGUUGGCCUUUUAAAAGGGGCGUCAUUACUUAAUGUCUUUUUCUGUAUAGUAAAAAUUAAUGGACUGAUGAUGCUUUGCAUGUACAGUAGUAAGAACAACAUAAAGACCUGAAGGUCUGCUGAAAAAUAUGAAGUGGAAGCAAUUAAAAUUCAAGGAGGCAUUCAAAAUCUCAGUCUCAUGAUCUCAAACGAGGUAACAAGUCAAAACCCUUUUGGAGUGAGCUAUGUAAACAUUUUUUGGAUGCCAUAUUUUCAGUCCACCAUAGACAGGAUGACAAAGGAAAUGUUGAAGAAACAAAAUAUUAGACUUGCUCCUGGCUUACUUGUGUUCAGAUGGUGACAGUCAAAACACAGCAAGCGUGAAUGUAAUCAUUAUUCUACUCAAGGAUGGUGAUGGCGUCUGUCUCGGGCUCCUCAAACCAACCAGGCAGUGCUUGGGAGUGCGAAUAAUUUGGCCAGGGAGUGCAGAUGUUGUUUAUGUACUGUAACUAAUCCCCCUUCUCCUCAUUACUGUUUUGGUGUAUCAAGAUGUUCUGGUUCAAAGACUUUUUAUGACUCGUGGAGCAGUGUUGAGCAUUGCUGCCUCACAGCUCUGGGGUGCCGUCUGCAAGGUUUUCCUCAAGACCUGUGAUCAAUAGGUCUGGGUGCUCUGGUUUUCUCCCACAGUCCAAAGACAUUCUGGUAGGUGAAAUGGCUUCUGGGAAUAUUGGCCCUGGUGUUAGUGUGUGUGUGCGCGUGCCCUGCGAUGGACAGGCGUUCAUCUAAUCCUAGUUCCUAUUGCUUGCUGGUCAAGGCACUGGCUCCCACAUGACCCUAUAUUGGCUAAAGCUGUUGGAAGAUGGGUGGUUUGCAAAUCUCGUGUUAUGAACAUCAACUGUAACACUGGUGAAAAUGAGUAUAGGAAACUCUAUAGUUCUUAAACUACAAGUAGGUCAUGCAUGUUAGUUACAGGAAUACAGAAAAAAAGAUCCAUUUAAAGGACACAAAAGUGGAAAAUAUGUACUUCAAAGAACGGAAGACCUUGAUGACAAAGUAACACUUUUAUUGAUGCAAUAAGUACUCUUUGUAGAGGGGCAUUUUUUUCCCUCUUGUGUUUUGUUGAUGAUGAUCUCUAAAAAUCAGUCGGGUUGCUAUUUACUUCUGUUUUCUCAUGUUUUUUUCUGCCUUUUGUUUCCUUGUAUAUUCUCGAUCAGUACUAAAGAAUGUGCCCUGGAAA